AUGGGAGUUACGAAGGAUUAUUUGCGUUAUAAUUUGAGUGGUACUUGUAAUAUCAUUGCAUCAACAAAUGGAGUUUUAGUAGCUAUUACUGAUUCUAUCUGUGCUGUUGCUGCAUGUGAAAAUGUAUAUUUCUAUAAUUUAAGAACAUGCGAAAAGAUUUCAGAGAUUUCUGGUUCAGGCAAGAAUGUCACAACUCUAAUAUUCAGCAGUAAUAAGGGAUUUCUUGCAGUUGGAUACGCUGAUGGCAUUAUUCGCCUUUAUAGUAAACUCAACAAAGACAAAUGCGAAUUCAUAACUUUUUCUGGGCAUAAAACUGGUGUUAAUUGUCUUGCAUUUAGCCCUGAUGAACUUGUCCUUGCAUCAGGUGGUAAGGAUUCUCGAAUUGUAUUGUGGGAUAUUGUUAACGAAUGUGGGUUAUGUCGAUUGAAUGGCCACAAAGGCUGCAUUACAAAUCUUCAAUUUACUCAAAAUGGACAUUUUUUGAUCAGUAGUUCGAAGGAUACAUUCAUUAAAUUUUGGAACUUACAUACUGAAAAUUGUUUUUAUACUCUCACUGAUUCCCGUUCUGAAGUAGGUCGUUUAUGGUUAGAGUUAUUUGGUAUUGAGUUGAGUUUCAGUAGAAUAUUUAGCGUCAAGUAUUUCCUAGAAUUUUGA